ACACCAAACAACAGCCAUCUAUUUUCUUGCUGCAGCUCUCGUUGCGUGCAGACGUGCAUCUAUUUCGUCUUCGUUCGUUGGUAAUAUUCGCGGCUCGGUGAUUGUGUUUCUUAGAUAAAUAAUCACUCUAGUACUAUACUGUGCAAUGUGAUCUGUAGUAACAGUGGAAAGCUGGUUUAAUUUCGCCUUCGUACACAAAUAAAUAAAAAGUGUGCAAAGAAACACGCACGCAACGGCGCACAUGUGUGUUAGUGGAAAGUUUGUUGCGCAUAUGUUGUAUUUGCGUGGAGCUGCUCCACUGGCGCACACUGGCUUGGGCGUAAAUAUACUUGACGGUCGCGCCAUAGCAGCACGUUUCAAAGUUGUUUUUACAGUGCGUUCUGCCGCCGUACAGUCCGAUUCAAUACAGAAAACCAUUCACUUGGCUCAAAUUGCUCUACUGUGGACAGUACGGAUAGUCCUUUAAGCAUCCCAUCACGGCGCAAUAGGUCACACCGGGUGGGUGUACCGACCGGAACAAUCGAGCAACAACGCGUCUAAUUCCCGGUGCAGUAGAAAUAACGGAUUCUAGAAUGUGCCAAUUCUGGAUAAGAAAAACCGUAGCAGAAUCGUUGCAGUGAAGUAAAACAUUGGUGAUGAAGAUCUUAUUACACAAUCGAACACUCUGGCGCGAUCUGAUAGCGUAAGCGCACCAUAGGAGGACAGCGAGGAGCGAAAUCGCAUUUCGUGACGUUCAGAACAAAGAAAACAUCUCCUGACGUAUGAAACACCCGUUGGACGGUCGUCAUCGUGUGCGGACUCGGACAACUAGAUGAUUGACUGGCCACGCGGCUAAACUGUGAACGUUAUAUGUGUGCAUAACGCCGAUCAUACAGAGAUUACUGAUCUGUUUGAACUGUGUGUUGGUGCUAGGGCUAGUGAAGGUACAGAGUGGUGUACCUUUACUCUUUAGCACCAGUAGUAGGAUAUAUGGCAAAGACAAACAACGUGCAAUUGCAUUGAGUGUAAAAAAGCAAACAAGAGAACGGAUAGAAACAAGUGCAAGUGCAGUGUGUAAAGGCAGCAAAUAUCAUUUACAAACCGUGCUCCUCCAUCUGCUGUUGGUGUUACGGCUUUGUAGUUAAGAGCACAGUCCCCCCAAUGGCACGAGCACGAAAGAAACCGUGGAUGGAAAUGGUGCUGAGUAGAACGGGUCCAUCCUUCCUGAUGGCAAUAUUGCUGAUGUCCGUCUACUUCAACAGUCGCGUUCUGGCGUAUACCGAACUCGUCAAGGAUGACCACCUGGAGGGACCGAACGUUUGCAAGGAAGUGGAUAACAUUCCCAUCACGAUAACGACACCAAGGGAGGAAGCGUACCAGGAGCGGUAUCAGAAAUGGUGUCUCGGCAUACCGCCCCGCUGCUCAGCGUAUCGCAUCAAGAUCCGAACCGUGAACGAAACGCGAACCAUCAUCAAGCAGCGAAUCGUAAAGAAAUGUUGCGUCGGCUAUCAGCUGGAUGAGAGUGAAACACACUGCGUACCGGAAUGUAAGGCGGGUUGCGUAAACGGCACGUGCGUUAAUCCGGACGUAUGCCGCUGUAAUAAAGGAUUUGCUGGCAAAACCUGUAACAUUAGUUGUCCACCAAACGUGUGGGGCUCGGACUGUAAACAACCGUGCAAAUGUGUGAACGGUGCCGCAUGUAAUGCUGCGGACGGUAGCUGUGAAUGUAACCGUGGCUAUAAGGGUCGAUACUGUGAGGAAACGUGUCCCAGCGAUCGAUUCGGGCAGAACUGUGUUGAAAUUUGUCAGUGUGAAAACGGUGGCACGUGUGACAAUGUGUCCGGAGCAUGCUACUGCAGAUCCGGAUAUACCGGACCACUCUGCACGGAAACAUGUCCAGCCGGUACGCACGGGAAGCAGUGCCAGUCGAAGUGUCGCUGCCAGAACGGCGGAACGUGUGAUCCGGUGACGGGUGAGUGUGUUUGUCCGGCCGGUUUCACCGGUACGGUGUGUGCGAACCGCUGCCAACCCGGCUGGUAUGGGUUGGAGUGUGCGAACCGUUGCGAAUGCUUCAACGGUGCCGACUGCGAUCGGGUGACCGGCCAAUGUAUCUGCGCGCCCGGCUUUAUGGGUGCGAAGUGUCUCGAUUCCUGUCCGAACAAUCAGUACGGUAUCAACUGUACGGAGACAUGCCGCUGCCUGAACGAAGCGCUCUGUGAUGCGUCCGACGGUAAAUGUACGUGCCCGGACGGAUGGACCGGUGCCGACUGUGGACAGCGGAUCUGCCCAAUCAACCAGUACGGUGCGAACUGUACUGGCACCUGCGACUGCAAGUGGAGCAACACUAAAAUGUGCCAUCCAUGGACCGGGAAGUGUCUGUGCGAGCCCGGCUGGAGCAAUAGUGCGUGCGAUAGACCUUGCCGCUUCCUGCGCUACGGACAGGACUGCCAGCUGACGUGCAACUGCAAAAACUCGUCCCCAUGUUCACACAUUGACGGAACGUGCUUGUGCAUAGCCGGAUUUAAGGGCGAAAGCUGCGAAGAACCUUGUUCGAACAACAUGUACGGUCAGAACUGUAGCGAACGGUGCCAGUGUAUGAACGGGGCCACCUGCGAUGGUGACUCGGGCAAAUGUAAUUGCGCACCCGGCUGGCAGGGCAUCAAGUGCGAUAGGCCAUGCGACGCACAGCACUUUGGGCGCGAUUGUACGGAAAAGUGUCGCUGCCAGAAUGGUGGUGUCUGCAAUCCGAUUAAUGGACAGUGUACCUGUCCGGCCGGACGCACGGGUGAACAGUGUGAGCAAAAGUGCUCAUCGGGUCGGUUUGGACAAAACUGUGAACAGUUGUGUGAUUGCCAUCUGGAGAACACUUUGGUGUGUAAUGUAACUACCGGACGUUGCAUUUGCAAGACAGAUUGGGGCGGUGUUCGCUGUGAAAGCCGCUGUCCGCUAGGCUACUACGGUGAAAGCUGUAGCGAAAUUUGCACUUGCCACAACAAUUCGUCAUGCGAUCCAACGACCGGCGCGUGCAUCUGUUCCCGUGGCUGGACCGGCCCGACAUGCAGCGAACCCUGUCCGAAGGGUUUCUUCGGGCACGGUUGCAUGGAACGGUGCGCCGGCUCGACAGAUACCAAUCGCACCUGCAACCCCAUCACCGGUCAGUACGCCUGUUCACCGGGCUAUAUUGGGCCGACAUGCGAACAUCCCUGCUCGUCCGGCUACUACGGUCAAGAUUGUACGAAAAUGUGCGAUUGCAAGAACGGUGGCGAGUGUAAUCACGUCACCGGCGAAUGUCAGUGCACACCGGGCUGGAUGGGAUCGAACUGUACGAAAGCGUGCGAGGACAUGUACUUCGGUACGAACUGCAGCCAGCGCUGCAACUGUCACAAUAAUGCCGACUGUCGCAAGAACGAUGGGGCGUGCAUUUGCAAGGCCGGCUGGAUGGGACACCGGUGCGAAGAGGUGUGCCCGGAAGGAUUCUAUGGCAAUCAUUGCAUGUUCACCUGUCAGUGUCCGGCCGGCAACUAUGUGUGUCAUGCGGCGAAGGGAUGCGUGUGUAUGGUGGGCUGGACCGGCAAGAACUGUGACGAACGUAUGACGGAUAAGUUAACUCAGGAUAUCGAAUCAGGCUCUACCGGCUUUUCCGUCUUGGCGGUCGUACUGUCGAUGUUGUUCAUAUGCAUAUUUGCCGCGAUGCUGCUCUACUAUCGGCGUCGCGUCGCUAAUCUGAAGGCGGAAGUCAACCACGUCGUAAACUACAUGACACAAGAGCAACCGAGCCAUUUCGACAAUCCCGUGUACGCACGAACUGGUGGUGCGAACGGAGGUAUGGCAAACAGUACACUUUCCUCGAACGGUACCAUCGUGCCACCGUUGGAUGCACGCACCGGUCUGCUGCGGAACGUGCUACCGAACAAUCUGCGUGAUGUCAUGUCCGGGCGCCGUAAGCCAAAACAGGACAAGUACAGCUAUCCGGACAACGAGUACGGUGUGGAUAAGUCCCAUUCCAUUUCACACUAUGAUGCGGAGAGUUUCAAAAAUUUCGAGGCGGACCUAACCAACCCGAAUUGUUUCAAGGAUCACGUUUAUGACGAGAUUCGGCUAAAGGAUUCUAUCGCUGCUUUAUCGCGGGAUUCAAAUUACGCCUACGUUUAUACCGAAUACGAUCAUCUUGACUACUCUCGUCCGGGAAGCUCACACAAGGCGCACUAUUUCCCUAUGGCCGAUGGUACAAAUACAAAUCGAAACAUUCCGGGAACGCUACCGUUAUCGCUACCGAACGGUACGGUGAUCAGUGGGGCCACAGCCGGCACAUCCGGUGGCGGUUCACCGAAGGCAAUCAACGUACUGCGCGAAGCAACCGGUGGUGUUGGUAAUGGCGUUGGCCCUAUCAACAAUCUGUCCGCACCAACUAGAAUCAACAAUCUGCUACCGGCCGUACCGUACGUUAUUGAAGCGAAGUGUAGCAACACCGAUCCGUCAAACCUCGGUAACGAUCUUUCCUCGUCCUCGAACUCAUCCCCAACGCCACCAUCAUCACCACCUUCACCGUCCCUGCAACGUCAGCGGCUCGUACCGAGCGGAGACGAUCUCUACGUGCCGAUGACGGCAGGCGGCGAACCCGGUUCGUCGUCCUCCGGUUCGUCCGAGUUCGGUGGGCUAAACAUACCCAACCAUCAGCUCAACAUCAAGGAGUAAAAAAUUCCCAUCCGGGCUAGUUUCCCACACACCUGUACAGCUCCCGGCCCGCACGCGGAACCUUUUGCCUGGUACGCUGGGUGUUUGUGUUAGCUGUUGGUGCCUGCUAGUGGCAUUGCAUUUUUGUGUGAUAUAUCUCCCACAUCCCGAUUGUGUCUCCUCGUUUCAAGUUCCUUGUCGUUUCGUUCAUCCCGCUUCAUCCAUGUCCCCUCUCUCCAGCCAUUCGUAGAUGUGUAAGGCGUACAACGGUGUUGGUGUUUUCAUUCCCUCCGUUCACUAUCCGUUUUACUUUUUUAGGUGUUUAACUUUUAGGUGAGCACAAUCAGCCUGUUUCAUCUGCCUAUUACUUCCCCAAAAGCGUGCACGUGCUUAUGCAAACGUGCGUGCGUGCGUGUGUAUUUAUAGAAUGAUUGUAAAGCGAUGAAACAAAGGGCGAUACGUUUGCAACGAUAUGUACAUCAAACCACGUGCCAAAACGUAGUAAAGUGAAGAGGAAAUCGAAAGGAAGGUGAACGAACAGUGUGCGCAAGGUGGUGUGAUUGCAGAAUUAGAGUGCAUCAAAACUAAGCAUUAUUGAAUCUCAGCCUAGCGGACAGGAGCUACUCUGUAUUAAGCCCUUGCAUUUGGUGUCGCAACGGAAACGCAUCGUGCCUGAAAGGCGAUGGUUAGAAGAAGAGAGCGACCCAGAACUGAUUUUAAUCCGGUUUGUUUAUAUAUUCGUGUGUGUUUUUUCUGUUUUACAAAUUCAAUUCUUCACAACGAUAUCAUGCGUAGAUGUGGAACCGCAGUGUUUCAUAGUAAGUGUAAAGAAGUUUAUUUUUUAAUUCGUUUUUGUAUUUACCCAUUAAAUGUGAAACAGCGAUCGAAUUAUUGUCAGCAAACUGCCACUAUUUAGCGGGCUUGUUUGGGAACCCUUUCCCGCAGGGUUCUAUUUGCCGUGUGCAAUUACUAUCAUCUUUACUUUUUUUUCUACAAGAAACGUUAAGCGAAGAGUUAGGAACAGUGUAAGAGGUUACUAAGAGGUACGAGUUAAUACUUUCCUAGUUUGUUUGUUUGUUUGGAUGGAGUAGUAACAAUUCCAUUACGAAAAGUGGAAUUUCAAAUUCUUAUUUGUAGAUAACGUGUAUAAGCUAAGAUUAUUGUGUAGCACGCGGUUUCGAUUAGUAUAAUGGAACCAUGCAAAUAGACAUUCAGCGAAACAUUUUUCAUUGUGGAAAUUCUCUCUGGUAGUCAAGUCAUAGGCUUUCGUUCAUCUUUAUUCCUUUCGCUGCGUGGCUAUUUGCGUGGGACCACUUGAAUCAGUAACUUUCCUAUCAUAUAAAGGAAACCGUUUGACAACGGCAGGAGAGAAUUUUAUAAAUUGAUUGAAAUGCUCCACCAAUUAAGAGAGCAUCAUCCAGCCAAAAGUUCAUGGUGGAGAAAUUUUAAAGUCAAAAACGAAUAUGAAAAAACAUUUCACAAGUGAGAAAGCAGAAAACGAAAAGUGCAAAAAAGAAAACAAAACAAAACACGGUAAGCAAUUUCAUAUGAUACAAAAGUUUCGAUACUGUUAUUUUCUCGAAGAAAAAUAAAACAAUAAUACAAGAAAAAAGAUGCAUACUGAGAUGGCAAGCGAAGGGAACUAUAAUAUUCAUAUUUACGAGCACAAUACGAUUCGAUUGUGGGAGGGAUUAAAUGAGAAGCAAAAAGAUGGUUCCCUCUCUGUCUGCUGUUCUACAAAACUUCUAAUCAUGUUAAUGUGUUAAGCUAAGAGCUAAGAUUAUCUUUAAAAAUGAAUUAUUUUUUACGUGUAAAAAAAAGAAGAAAACACUCGAUCGAAUAGAACUGGAUUGAAUCAUACAAUAAACGAAACUAGAUGAAUUACUAUUUACUGCUGAAAAAAUAAA